GCAGCACGUGUGAUUGUUGACAAACAUAACUGACUAAAACAUAGUCGAAGUAAUAUUUGAAAUGCAAAGCGACGACGUUAUAUGGAGUAUAAUCAAUAAUUCAUUUUGUUCUCAUAAAAUCAAAACGAAAACACAGACAUUUUGUCGCAAUGAAUAUAAUUUGACUGGUUUAUGUAGUAGAAGAGCAUGUCCCUUAGCUAAUAGUCAGUAUGCUACAGUACGAGAAGAAAAGGGUAUUUGUUACUUAUAUAUGAAAACAGUAGAAAGAGCUGCCUUUCCUAGUCGUAUGUGGGAAAAAGUCAAAUUAUCCAGGAAUUAUGAAAAGGCUUUAAAACAAAUAAGUGAUGAAUUAAUUUAUUGGCCAAGAUAUAUUAUACACAAGUGUAAACAAAGAUUCACCAAAAUUACCCAAUAUUUAAAUAGAAUAAGAAGAUUAACAUUAAAAAGACAGAAGAAAAUUGUUCCUUUAAAUAGAAAAAUAGAGCGAAGAGAAACUAGAAGAGAGGAAAAAGCUUUAGUUGCUGCUGAUUUAUCCAACAAUAUAGAAAAAGAAUUAUUAGAAAGAUUAAAAAAAGGAACAUAUGGAGAUAUUUAUAAUUUCCCAAGUCAUGCAUUUGAUAAUGUAAUGAAAGAGGAGGAAGUAGAAGAGAGUGAGACAGAAGAAGGAGAAAAGGAUGAAUUAGAGGGAGAGAUGGAAGAAGAGGAAGAAGAAGAGGGUGAAAGAGAAGUAGAAUAUGUCGCAGAAGAAGAUUUUGAAGAAAGUGAUGUAUCAGAUAUGGAGGACAUUGGUGAUUCUGAUGACAGUUCAUCAGGUGAAGAAGAUAAGAAAAAGAAAGCUCCAAAACGAAGGCGACCUAAGAUUGAAAUAGAAUAUGAACAAGAAAUAGAUCAGCCCUCAACAUCAAAAGUCAAGAUAAAAUGAGAUAAUACAUAUUGGUUUUGUUUUUUAUGGACUCAAGAUUAAUUGGUUAAUGUAUAUAUGUGUACUGGAUAUUAAUUGAACAUUAACAUUUUGUUCUCUCUACAUGCCUUCCAGAUUUAACAUCCUCAUUAAAUAUGAUGAAAUUCCAAUAUUUGUACACUAUCAACAAAACAUAUCUGUCAUGUGAAAUGUGAAAAUGCUAGGUUAGAUGAAGGUACAAUAUUGGGCAAUAAAGUUUGAAAUCAAG